AUGUCUUCCGCUGAACCCCAGAAGGUCUUGGGCAUGCCCCCCUUCGUCGCUGACUUCCUCAUGGGUGGUGUCUCCGCCGCUGUCUCCAAGACUGCUGCUGCCCCCAUCGAGCGUGUCAAGCUCCUCAUCCAGAACCAGGAUGAGAUGCUCAAGACCGGUCGUCUCGACCGCAAGUACAACGGCAUUGGUGACUGCUUCAAGCGCACCAUGGCUGAUGAGGGUGUCAUGUCCCUCUGGCGAGGAAACACCGCCAACGUCAUCCGAUACUUCCCUACCCAGGCUCUGAACUUCGCUUUCCGUGACAAGUUCAAGAAGAUGUUCGGUUACAAGAAGGACAAGGAUGGCUACGCCAUGUGGAUGGCCGGUAACCUUGCCUCCGGUGGUGCUGCUGGUGCCACUUCUCUUCUAUUCGUCUACUCUCUGGACUACGCCCGUACUCGUCUUGCCAACGAUGCCAAGAACGCCAAGUCCGGUGGUGACCGUCAGUUCAACGGUCUUGUCGACGUCUACAAGAAGACCCUCGCCUCUGACGGUAUUGCCGGUCUCUACCGUGGUUUCAUGCCCUCCGUUGCUGGUAUCGUCGUCUACCGUGGUCUCUACUUCGGAAUGUACGAUUCCAUCAAGCCCGUCGUCCUCACCGGUAACCUCCAGGGCAACUUCCUUGCCUCUUUCGCUCUUGGUUGGGUCGUCACCACUGGUGCCGGUAUCGCCUCUUACCCUCUUGACACCAUUCGCCGACGUAUGAUGAUGACCUCCGGUGAGGCCGUCAAGUACAAGAACACCAUGGACGCUGCCCGCCAGAUUGUCGCCAAGGAGGGUGUCAAGUCUCUCUUCAAGGGUGCUGGUGCCAACAUUCUCCGUGGUGUUGCCGGUGCUGGUGUCCUCUCCAUCUACGAUCAGCUCCAGGUCCUCCUCUUCGGAAAGGCCUUCAACUUCAAGCGUCGUCCUUCCUCUCCUGCUAGAACAUCACAACUUGCGGAAUCUGUCGGCAUGCCUCCAAAGCAAACAUCCAAGACUGGCCGAGGUCAAACCAAAGCCACCACUAAAAAAUCAGCAAAGGCCUCCGAACCUGAACCUGAACCGCAGUCGAGCAAUCCAUUCGAGAUAUCCGACGAUGAUGACGACCAAGCUGGACCCUCAACACGCGAGGUCCAGGUGGUCGAGGAAGAAGAACCUGAUAAGACGAUCCCGGCGGAGCUUCUGACACGGUUACUGCACGAGUUCUUUUCCAAAGAUGCGACGCGGAUAUCGAGAGAUGCCAACGCUGCAGCGGGCAAGUACUUCGAUGUGUUUGUGAGGGAAGCGAUUGCGCGCGCGGCUGUCGAGAAGGAGGUUGGGUUUCUAGAAGUUGAUGACCUGGAGAAGAUCUCGCCUCAGUUGCUACUGGACCUCUAG